AGGGUGACACAGGAAAUGGGAAGGAGAGAAAAGAGGCAGAGGAGCCAGGAAGCGGGAAGAGCUGGAGAGGCCUCCGCAGUGCCCUCCCAGUUCCUCCUGCGGCGGGCAGAUUCCUCUUUCCAGCGGCAGGUCAGCUCAGAUCAAGCCAGACCCCUCUGGCAGAGGCACAGCGGUGUGCUCAUCAUGACUGCCCCAGUACAGGUCCCUCUGUCGCUGCUGCUGCUAUUCACCCUGCCAGCCACAGGCUCAGACCCAGUGCUCUGCUUUACCCAGUAUGAGGACUCCACAGGCAGGUGCAAGGGCCUCCUGGGGAGAGACAUCAGUGUGGAGGACUGCUGUCUCAAUGCUGCCUACGCCUUCAAGGAGCAUGACGAUGUGCACUGCCAGGCGUGCAGGUUCAGGGUGCCUGAGCUGGGGGGAAGGUCCCCACAAUGGUCAUCAUGGUCCUCAUGGAGCCCCUGCUCAGUGUCAUGCUCUGAGGGCUCCCAGCUGGGCUACCGACGCUGCAUAGGCUGGGGUGGGCAUUGCUCAGAGAACAAGGCUCUUGGGACCCUUGAAUGGCAGCUGCGGGCCUGUGUGGAGAAGGAAUGCUGUCCUGAGAUGGGCGGCUGGUCUAACUGGGGGUCCUGGGGGUCUUGCUCAGUCACUUGCUCCAAAGGAAUCCGGACCCGCCGGCGAGUAUGUAAUAACCCUGCCCCCAAGUGUGGGGGCCACUGCCUAGGAGUGGCCCAGGAGUCAGAGGCCUGUGACACCCAGCAGAUCUGCCCUACCCAUGGCGCCUGGUCGGCCUGGGGCUCCUGGAGUGCCUGCUCGAGCACCUGCUAUGAUGAAACCAACAAACCUAAGGAGACACGAAGCCGCAUAUGUUCUGCACCUGAGCCCUCCAAGGUUCCUGCUGGAAAGCCCUGUCCAGGAGCAGCCUAUGAGAGGCGGGACUGCUCUGGCCUACCACUCUGCCCAGUGGCUGGGGGCUGGGGGCCAUGGGGCCCUGCGAGCCCCUGCUCUGUGACCUGUGGCCUGGGCCAAAUCUUGGAACGACGGAUGUGCAAUGACCCUGUGCCCCAGCAUGGAGGCCCCUUCUGCAUUGGUGAUGACACCCGUACCCACAUCUGUAACACAGCUGUGCCUUGCCCUGUGGAUGGAGAGUGGGAGGACUGGGGCAGCUGGAGUCCCUGCAUUCGCCCACAUGUGAGCUCAAUCCGCUGCAAGGAAAUCCCAGGCCAGCAGACGCGCAUAAGGAGCUGCAAGGGGCGAAAGUUUAAUGGCAAGCGGUGUGUUGGGAAACACCAGGAAAUCCGACACUGCUACGACAUCCAAAACUGUAUCUUUGGAGAGAAAGGCUCAUGGUCAGAGUGGACUGAAUGGGGGCUGUGCACACCACCAUGUGGGCCCAACCCCACCCGCAUCCGCCAGCGCUUCUGCAUGUCCUCGCUCCCCAAGUUCUCGCCCACAGUUUCCAUAGUUGAAGGCCAGGGUGAGAAGAACAUUACCUUCUGGGGGAAUCCACGGGCACAGUGCGAGGAGCUGCAAGGGCAGAAGGUGGUGCUGGUGGAGAAACGGCCAUGUCUACACGCGCCUGCCUGCAAAGACCCUCAGGAGGAAAAGAUCUAACACCUCUCCCUCAGCUCUGACCCCCUGACCUCCCAGACCUCAAUAAAGAAACCUCUUUGA